UGUUGCUUUUUAAACGUUGAAUUUUUGUUCAUCAUUUAUUAUCCUUUGAAAAUGUUGUAACUGUUAAUUUGUUUGUAUUCCUUUCAAUCAGUUAAAUUAAUUGUUCUCUAACCCUUUUCUUCAUUAAUUGUCUUGUUUAAUUAUAUUUAAUGGGUUCCGUUGUUGGUAAAGGAGGUUCCCUAUUGGAUAUACUUUCACCUUUCCACCAGAUUCAUAUUGUUAUGUUAGGCCUUGACUCAGCUGGUAAAACAACAGCACUUUAUAGGCUUAAAUUUGAUCAAUAUUUAAACACUGUGCCCACCAUUGGAUUUAAUUGUGAGAAAAUAAAAGGACAAACGGGUAAAGUAAAAGGGACUAGUUUUGUUUUUUGGGACAUUGGAGGGCAAGAUAAAUUACGUCCACUUUGGAGGUCAUAUACAAGAUGUACUGAUGGUAUUGUUUUUGUUGUUGAUUCGGUUGACGAUGAGCGUAUGGAGGAGGCAAAAAUGGAACUAUUAAGAACCGCUAAAACUCCUGAGAAUUCUAGUGUUCCUAUUUUAAUAUUAGCCAAUAAGCAAGAUUUACCUGGUGCUAAGGAUCCUAAAGAAAUUGCCAGUUUAUUGGGCCUUGAUAGUCUUAACCCAGGUCAACUUUGGCAUGUUCAACCUGCUUGUGCAGUAAUAGGUGAAGGGCUAAGUGAUGGACUUGAGACACUUUAUGAGAUGAUCUUAAAGAGUCGCCGAAUUGCCAAACAAUCUAAAAGAAAAAGAUGAUCUUGUUCCCUCAUAAAUUACUCGAGACAAACACAUCCAAUGCAUUUAAAAAAAAAAGUACCAAAGCAAACAUUCCACCAAUGGAAAACCAAAAGAAAACUAUAACAACCCAACAACUAGAACAGCAAAACAAUAAACCUUAAAGAACAUCGUUAGCCCAAUCAACAUUUGUACUAAAACCAAAAUCAAGCAAAAGGAAAGGAGUCAAAUUUCACGAUGAAUUGGCAACUUUAAAAACCCACUGGGUGGAAAUUUAAACAAUAUUGGAUUAAAUUAUUUAUGGGCAACUAAUAUAACCACACACAUUGAGAACGAGGAAGUGGAAAAAUCGAUUUGAACCUCAUCUUUUUUUUUUGCUGAAACAACAACCAAUUGAAAAAGCACAAGAAAAGAAAAGCAAUCAUAAAGAAAAAGAAAAUAAGUCUUCUUCUUUGUAUACUAAACAGAGAGAAAAUUAUUUAAGAUGUAAUUAGAUGCGUAAAUUAAUAUUAUCACUCUAUAUAUAUAUAUAUUAUGGAUUGGAUUUCAAUUUCAAUCGAAGUAUAAAAAGAAAUCAUUUUUGAUAUAAUUUGUAUGAUUGUCGAGAAAAAGAAACUGAGAUAGAGAUGAGUGAACAAACUAUAUAAUUAAUUUCUUGAUUACUUGUAAACUGUUAACUCUCUUGGUUAUAUCUCUGUGAUUAACAAUAACAAUCAGAAUUUAAACUGAUUGUUAUUGUUAGUGUGUUAAUUAAAAUACUACUAAUAAUAAAACGAGUUAAAUAUUUA